ACUUCACACUCUAGAGUCAGGCAAAUAGCUCACGGAAGUCUUCCCUUCCUGCAUUCACAAUUCAUUGCAUUUUAGGUUCCAGUUUGGGUUCAAAUUUCUGCAAAUUUGCUCACUUCCUGCAUUUUAGUGCGAAAAAUGGGAAGUGAAUGUUGUCAUGCUCUACACAUAUUCUUCUUCCCUUUCCCUGCUCCUGGUCAUAUAAUCCCAACUGUUGACAUGGCCAAAUUAUUUGCUUCAAAGGGUGUCAAAGCCACCAUAAUCACCACACCCCUCAACGCAAUUCUCAUCUCCAAAGCCAUAGAAAAAUCCAAAACUAGUAGCAACCUUAUUCAUAUCCAAACCAUAGGGUUCCCUUGUGAAGAUGCUGGUUUACCAAAAGGGUGUGAAAAUAUUGACUCACUCCCUUCACCAGAGUUUUUUCCAACCUUCUUUAUUGCUACUAAGAUGUUACAAGACCCCCUUGAGACACUUUUGCUUCAGCAACACCCAGAUUGUGUAAUUGCUGAUAUGUUUUUCCCAUGGGCAACUGAUUCUGCUGCCAAAUUUGGGAUUCCCAGGCUUGUGUUCCAUGGGACUAGUUUCAUUUCUCUGUGUGCAACUGAAUGUAUGAGACUCUACAAGCCUUGGAAGAAUGUUUCUUCUGAUACUGAAACCUUUGUGAUCCCUGAACUCCCUGGUGAGAUCAAAUUGACAAGGUUGCAACUGCCGCCUUUUCCGAUUAACGAUGAGAAACCAUCAGAAUUUGCUAGUUUGUUGGAAGAAGCAAAGGAAUCAGAAUUGAGGAGCUUUGGGGUGGUUGUUAACAGUUUUCAUGAGCUUGAAGAGGUAUAUGCAGAUCAUUACAGGAAGGUACUUGGGAGAAAAGCAUGGCACAUUGGUCCUCUUUCUCUAAUUUGUAAUAGGGACAUGGAAGAGAAAGCAAACAGAGGAAAGGAAGUGACUAUUGAUGAGCACGAGUGUUUAAAAUGGCUUGACACGAAGAAACCCAAUUCUGUUGUUUAUAUUUGCUUUGGAAGCAUGCUUAGCUUUUCCUCUUCUCAACUCAGAGAAAUUGCUGUGGGCCUCGACGCCUCGGGGAAGCAAUUUCUCUGGGUUGUGAGGAAAAGCAAAAGCGAACAAAAAGUGGGCGAGGAGUGGCUACCUGAAGACUUUGAAAAGAGAUUGGAAGGUAAGGGACUAAUUAUAAGAGGUUGGGCGCCUCAAGUGUUGAUUCUUGAACACGAAGCGAUUGGCGCGUUCGUGACUCAUUGUGGAUGGAAUUCGACAUUGGAAGGAGUGGCUGCCGGGGUGCCAAUGGUGACUUGGCCUAUUGCGGCGGAGCAAUUUUACAAUGAGAAGUUGGUAACUGAGGUGCUUAAAAUUGGGGUGCCUGUUGGAGCUAAGAAAUGGGGGAGGAUGGUGUUGGAAGGGGAUGGUGUUAAAAGCGAUGCGGUGGAGAAGGGUGUGAAGAGGAUAAUGGAAGGGGAAGAAGCAGAGGAAAUGAGGAACAGGGUGAAGGUGCUUUCACAGCAAGCUCAGUGGGCUGUGGAAGAAGGAGGGUCAUCUUACUCAGAUUUGAAUGCUUUGAUUGAGGAGUUGGGUAUGCUUAGACAGUAAUUGAAAUACCCCACCACAGCAGCACUAUGCAUAUGUAAUGUGAUGUGUGUUUCCUCCAAUUAUGUCUGCUUUGUUAUCUAGAUUUCAAUGAUUUGAGCUAAUUUCAAGGAUUCUAGAUUACAAUUUGCUUAAUGCACAAACAUAUCAUACUAUCCUA